UCUCUCUUCUUGCUCAAGCUUCUUUCACAAAAGAAGCCUGUCACUGGAGGUCUUGUCCAUCGCCUUGGUCAUCACAUCUCGGUAAUUCGGUAUAGUACCACCCGUCAGUCACCAUGCACACCAAAGCUCUUCUCCUCGCCUCCAUCCCCGCGGCUACGGCUGCCGAGACUAUCCUCGGUGCCUACAUCUUCAGCCGUCACGGUGACCGCACCACCAAGGCCUACUCCCCAACGAAGCUCACUGCUCUCGGUGCUGAGCAAGUCUACCUCUCCGGCUCCUGGUACCGCUCCCGCUACAUCGACGAGAAGUCCUCCACCCGCAUCAACGGCAUCUCCUCCGACCUCGCCGAUCUCACUCAGCUCUCCGUCACUGCCCCCGUCGACAAUGUUCUCCAGGGUAGCGCAGGCAACUUCCUCCAGGGCUUGUACCCUCCCGCUGGCUCUGUCAACUCUCAGAAGCUUGCCAAUGGCACCACCAUCGAGGCUCCUCUGAGCGGAUACCAGUACAUUCCCGUCAACACUGCGGCGGCGGGGACCACCACCCAGGCCGAGUCUAGUGCCUGGUUGCAGGGAAACAGCGGGUGCCCGGCUGCCGUGAACAGCAGUCAGGCGUACUUCCAGAGCAAGGAGUACCUCGAGCUUCUGGGGAGCACCAAGGAGUUCUACCAGAACUUGUUGCCCGUUUAUGAGUCGACCUUCCCCAGCGCGAAUGCCACCUUCAAGAACGCUUACAGCAUCUUCGACUACGUCCACGUCUCCACCAUCCACAACGCCACCAUCCCCUCCUCCAACCUCCUCACCCCUUCCACCCUCCAAACCCUCUCCGACCUCGCCAACAUCCACGAGUUCGGCCUCGCCUACAACGCCUCCUCGCCCAUCCGCGCCGUCGUCGGCUCCGUCCUGGCCUCGCACAUCGUCUCCACCCUCAACUCCUCCAUCUCUUCUCCUUCUUCUUCCCAAAAGCUCAACAUCCAAUUCGGUCCCUACGGCACUUUCACCUCCUUCUUCGGCCUCUCCCAGCUCCCUGCCGUGUCGCAGGACUUCACCGCCAUCGUCGACUACGCCAGCUCCAUGACUUUUGAGCUAUUCACCACUUCUGGUUCUCCUACCCCUUCGGCAGACGAGGUCUUUGUCCGUUUCUUGUUCGCCAACGGCACUGCCUCCGAUAGCAACCCCGCCAAGGCCUACCCCUUGUUCGGCCAGGACAAGACGGAGUUGCCGUGGACGACCUUUGUCAGCGAGAUGAACAAGAUUGCGCUCGAGGGAGGAAGUAAGGAGUGGUGUGAUGCUUGUGGGGAGACGACGGGGCAAUGCGCUGCUUACUUCCCUGAGGGGAGUGCGAGCGUGAGUGAGGCCAAGAAGGGUGGCAUGAGCAAUGCUGUUGCUGGUGUCAUUGGCGCUAUGGUUACCCUGGGUGUUGUGCUUGGUCUGCAGGCUUUGAUUCUGGGUUUUGGUGGUUUGAGGUUGACUAAGAGGAGAAAGCAGGGUACCGGUGAAGUUAUGCAGGUGCCGGCUACUAAGGGAACUAGCGUUUCCGAUACUUCGUCUGUUCAGAAGGUUUAAGUCAAAGGGGUUGAGGGGAAUGGUAGUUGAUGUUAAUGUUGACAUUGAUAUGAUGACAUGACAUGUUGUUAUGAGUAUGAUAGCGAGAAAAGGGGAUGUUAUAGCGAGUGAAAAGCAGAUACCCGCUUGAAACAGAAUCACGAUGACGUUUUCACAUGACGGUGAUGGACGUAAGAGAUAUGGUGAUUGUGUAUUUGAUUCAUACCAGCGUCUCAUAUCCAAGAACCAUCAUGAGCAACCUCUUCACAUCUUCUCUCCCAUAACUUCGUACAGAACAAAAACGAGGGUAUCAUAUUAGAGAUUAAAUCGUGUACUAAUAAUAAUGGUGCCGCCAGCCGGCUAUCGCAAAUGGAGAAGCUCCAGAAUGUCGUGGCGAUAGGAGAAGCUGCGCAUGCGCUUUCCGUAGAUAUCUGGACAUCAAGUUGUCAGUAAGUAGUCCAUCCAUUUUCUCAACUUGGUCGAUC